AUGGCCAUUCGCUUUCUCGUCGUCGCAGAAAUGCUCGUCGUCUCCCUUUCUCCGAGCUCACCCCUCUCCUUCCUUCCUGUCCCGAACCCCCGCCCUUUUGUCGUCUUCCCUCUUCGCCGCUGCUGCCUCCACAAACACCACAAGCGCCGGCAAUGCCGCGGUGGCAGUGGCCUACCACUCCACCUCCUCCACGCCGUCGCAAGGAGGCGAAUGGGCAUCGUGAUCGACGUCGACGAGGUGAAUGAUAUCGGCGACCGUGACCUCCCCGUGGACGUGUCAUUCACUCGGAGGCUCCCGCCGGCGCUCACCCUCGUUGACGGCAUUGCCGCACUGCGGCGGGCCGCCGAGGAGGUGAAGGCCAGCCCGCCUGCCGCCGGGAGCGGCGUGAUCCGGUUCGAGGUACUUGUUCCACCCAGUACGAAGGCACUCAAAUGGUUAUGCUCUCAGUUUAGGAGAUCAUCAUUGUUCCCUCAGUUCUAUCUAUCAAGGAAGCUAAGCUCCAAUCCGUCAGUUCAACUUGAAAUAUCUGGUGUUGGUUCUGCACUUUGCUUGUAUGGUUCCUCUUCUCAAGUAAAAGAUGGAUAUGAUAUGAUAUCAAGAUAUAUUUCAUUUGAUUCAGAUUUGAUGGGAGCUUAUGGAGCAGUUGGCAUGAAGUAUAAUGAGGAAUUAUUGUCAAUAGAGGAGAAAGCUGGUUCAUUUUACUUCUUUAUUCCUCAGGUUGAGUUGACCGAAUUUGUUGGCUAUUCUGUGCUAUCAUCAACUAUGGUUUGGGAUCAUUUUGUAUCUCAUACAUUUGAGGAUUCGGUUUGUUUGUUUGAAUCUUGUUUCAAACAGGUAUGUGGUAGCUGUGAUUCUGCAGCUAGCAGCUGUUAUGAAGGCAUGAUGACGAAUUACAUUGGAGAAUCACAUUUGUUAGAGACUGUGAAUGCUCAGUUGGUAUACUUGGAUGGCGAAGUUCUUGUCAAAGUAGAUGCUGAAAUCAGCAUGCAAAAGGAGAAAUUUCUGAUGUCCGAGCAGUCAUUUAUUCGCUUUUCACCACACUUCUUAUUUUUUGCAAACAUGGACCUACGCUCAGAAAGCAACAAAACCGAAUCUUCUAUUAAGAGCUGCUCUAACAUAAAUUCGGCAUGGGCAUCCCUUAUAGUUGAAGAGUGUGUCAGGCUUGGUUUUACGUACUUUUGUAUAGCUCCAGGGUCAAGGUCAUCCCCACUUGCACUUUCUGCCACAGGCCACCCUUUGACAACUUGCAUAUCAUGUUAUGAUGAACGUUCACUUGGAUUUCAUGCUCUUGGCUAUGGGAGAGGUUCUAGAAAGCCUGCAAUAGUAAUUACAUCAUCAGGAACUGCUGUUUCAAAUCUUCUCCCUUCGGUGGUGGAGGCAAGUCAAAAUUUCGUACCAGUAAUCUUGCUCACAGCUGAUCGUCCUCCUGAGCUUCAUGAUGCUGGAGCCAACCAAGCGAUUGAUCAGUUAUAA